AUGGCUCUCGCCGUCUUUUCGCGAACCCAGCACCUUGCUGCAGCAGCGACAGAAGCUCAUGAGAAGUACGACCAGUUACUGCGAACCGCGCAAGUCGCGCUGCCAAAUCUGGUUCACCGGGAUGUCGACGCUGCCCUGCUUGCCAUCUUUCUCAUGAGCCGGUACGAGGACUCUAUGCACACCCCUGAUGAAGUGCAGUCCGCUACAGCCUUCAGAAGCUAUUCCCAUCACGACGGCGCGACUGUCGUUCUGAAGAUUUGGCACGAAAAUCGUGUCGAAAUCAUGCAGCCGGCCUCGGACAUCAUCAAACAUUCACGCCGCGGAAUCAUCAGGUCGUUCCUCUUGCGGCAGAUGGCAGUGCCGGUCUGGAUGGCAAAUGGCGCGCAUUUUGGCGAGUAUGGGCCAGAACUCGAAUACGACCAGCUACUUGUAAGGGUGGCCAGCCUUCGACACCAAUUGAAGCACAUCCUGCAGGAGAGACUGCUGCACGACCGUCGUAGUCAAGAGGUGUACUGGCGGGCGCGGACCCUGAACACCGACGCAGACACGCUGAAUAAAGCAUUGCAAGACUGGUCCUCACGGCUUCCCAGCACAUGGUGUCCCCGACGACACCUCAUCCCCGCCCACAUUUCCCUACCCAGGGAACACUUCUUCUCUCCAAUCGUUUACAGUUACUCGAGUGUUGCCUACGCACCAGUCUGGCUGAAUUAUUUCGCGACGACGAUGCUGCUCAACAGAGCGCGGCUGAGAAUUCUUGAGAUCACUCGACCUUCAUCGGAUGAUCUUGCUGGCGAGCAACAGCGUGAAGAGGAAGACUGCUGCUUGCAGAUCAGGGUAAUGGCGGACGCCUUGUCCUCGAGCAUACCAUUUGCACUUGAGAGGUUCGCCGUUGCACCAGCCUCCAAGACAGCAGAGGAACAGGAGUGUAUUCUGCGUGAAGACGAAGAAAUCAAGCCCUACCAUGGAAACCUCACCGCGUGGCCUUUGAGCGUUGCCUCGAGCAUCGGCGGGCUUGAUGGAGGAAUGAAGGACUGGUUAAAGGCUGAGCUGGUACUUGUUGGGAAGACAAUCGGUGCCGGUGUACUUGUUUGCGCGAUAUCGGACGACUGGCUUGAUCUCUGA